AUGGCUAUAUCAAACAUCACUGAAGCAACACACAUUGUCUUCACUGCGUUCGCUGCUUGGGGUCACGUCAGGCCAUUCUGCAUACUUGCAGCUCGCCUCGUUCAGGCAAACGAGAACGUUGUGGUGACCAUGAUACUUGUCCCACCUUUCUUGAAGAAGGCCCACGCAGAAAUCUCUGCAGAGUUCCGCGAUACCGCCAGUGAAAGUGCGCGCUCGCGACUCAGGGUAUUAGCCCCUUUCAAAUCUGAUACAGAGAACCCAUUUGACCUUAUGCCUUUGAUUACCGAAAACUACGGACGGGUUUACCAAGCUGUUGUAGACGGUAAACCUGUUUCUUGCGCUACAACAGGCAAAUCAUUCGAAGCAGUCCCGCCGCCAAAGCUCAGCGUCAUUGACUUCUUUGCUCACCCGCUGAUGCUGGUGACACGAUCCAUCACCGGGCCCUCCGUUCCAAUUGUUGCAUGGAUUUCCGGACAUAUGGGCACUCUUAUAAGAUUUUGGGGGCCAGAGAGGUUUGGCGGAGGUGGUGAUAUUGCCAAAAAGGUCCAAGAAGAGGUAGCCCGUACGGGCGCUCCAGUACACGAAGUAGAGGAAAGGCUUUAUAGUUUUGCGAAAAUAUCGAUAGGCAAGGUGGUCAGCAUACCAGGAGUGCCUGACAUGUAUGACUGGGAGUUCUUCCCGCAAGCGCUUGCGUUCGAUCUUCCAUUUGCAGAGGUUAUAAAAUGGGGACAAGCAGGGAUGAAGGAAGCCGAUAGUAUUUUCCUGACCUCCACGUACAGUCUUGAGCCGAUUACGUUGGAUGCAGCGAGGUCGUGGUACAAGGAGUGGAACAAAGAGGUUUAUGUCAUUGGUCCUCUCUUACCAACGGGAUACGGGACCAUGCGACAAAGCGACAGGGGAUCAUCCGAGGUCAGCGAGUUCCUCGACAAAGCACUAGUGGAGCAUGGCGAAAAAUCAGUGACCUUGAUAUCCUUCGGCACCGUAUUCUGGCCGAAAGAACAGGACUACAUUGAAGAAGUCCUUGAAGCGUUCAUUGAAAAGAAAGCUCCAUUUAUCAUUUGCUACGCGUCCAUGUUUGCUUCAAUGUCAGACAAUAUACUCCAGAAGAUCAAAGACUCUGACCUCGGACUUAUCUCGCGGUGGAUCCCACAACAAUAUAUCUUGAGCCACAAAGCUACCGGGUGGUUCAUUACCCAUGGUGGGCAGAACAGCGUCAUGGAAAGCUUGGGAUGCGGCAUACCACUGAUAUGCUGGCCGUUUGAGGCUGAUCAGCCAGCAUCUGCCGCUGUAUUGUCAAAGAACUUACAAGUGGCAAUUGAGCUCAUAGAAGUAAGAACUGGUGAAAAAGGCUUCAAACCUCUUCUAAGACUCGGACAUGGCCCAAAGGGAACAAGGGAAGCAGUUGGUGAGGAAAUAAGAGAGGUCAUAGAUUCAUGUCGAGGUGAAAAGGGGGCGUUGCUCAGGGAAAAUGCCCUUAAAGUAAAGGAAGCAUUCGCCAAAACUUGGGAGGAAGGGGGGGACGCCAUAAAUGAGUUCCGAAAGUUUGCUUCUGCUUAUAAUCUUCAGCUUCUGUAG